UUGGCUGCGAGCAGCGGUGGCCCGUCGCCCAUUGGCUGCUGCCAGCCCCGAGGGGCGGGGAAGCCGGAGGAGCUCUAGAGCGUCCGUGUCGCGGAAAGCCGGGAGUCUGGGGCGAGCCCGGCGCGCCUCGCAGCGUACCACGCCUCGCUGCAUCUCAGAAGAAAAAAAUGGAAGGCCUGCCUGAUGCUGCUGCUUUUGCAACUAGACUUAAAAACACUCUCAUCCAGUAUCAUAGCAUCGAAGAUGAUAAGUGGCGAGUUGCCAAGAAAACGAAAGAUGUAACAAUUUGGAGAAAACCUUCAGAAGAAUUUAAUGGAUACCUUUUCAAAGCCCAAGGCGUUAUAGAUGACAGCAUCAAUAGUGUCAUAGACCAUAUACGCCCAGGUCCCUGUCGCUUGGAUUGGGACAGCUUAAUGACUUCAAUGGACAUUUUGGAACACUUUGAAGAGAAUUGCUGUGUGAUGCGUUACACUACUGCUGGUCAGCUUUGGAAUAUAAUUUCCCCGAGAGAGUUUGUUGAUUUCUCCUACACUGUGGGCUAUGAAGAAGGGCUUUUGUCCUGUGGGCUAAGUGUUGACUGGAGUGAAAAGAGACCAGAAUUUAUUCGUGGAUAUAACCAUCCUUGUGGUUGGUUUUGUGUUCCACAUAAAGACAAUCCACACCAGAGUCUUUUGACAGGCUACAUUCAGACAGAUCUGCGCGGGAUGAUUCCUCAGUCUGCGGUAGAUACAGCCAUGGCCAGCACUUUAGUCAACUUCUACGGUGAUUUACAAAAAGCCCUACAAAAGGCAUAAUACAUUUAACUUGUAGUAUGAUAGUCCCCCAAAUCAACUUUUUCUCUCAGCUGCAUGGGCUGUGAAAAUCAUCCUUUCCUCUCUUCUGUGUAGCCUAUAGAAAAAUUUGAGGUGAUUUGCUGGUUUAUUUUAUUCCUAAAGUAAAUAGUUAUCUAAGAGAGGGCAUUUCCAUUUUCUUAGACAGUGACUUCCACACUGUUUGGUACAGCAGUGUGUCUAAGCAUGGAGAGAAUGACAGACAUCCAUGAAGAUGUAGGUAUACUUCUUUGACCUGAACUCCUAAGAAACUGAAUACUGCCUCAGUAUGAAUAUUUUGGCUACUUGGAAAUUAGAGAAAGCACAAGCUUCAUGUUGUUAGUUAAAAUCACCUGUUUUAGAGUUUUAGGAACAUUUUCUAAGUUUUAACUAUUUUUGGAAGCUAAAUAUUAGUGCUUUACUUUUGGUAUGCUCUGUGAAUUCGCCAGUAUCUUGGACUAAAGAAAAAACUAUAUUUUAUAAAGGUGAACUUCAUUGUCAGGUGACUUGUACUACUUUAAGUAUUGAAAAAAUCAGAAAUAGAAAAAGAAUAGAUACAGUAGUAUAGAUACAAUUCAAAUACAAUUGUUUUGAUACCUAGAUAACAUUAUUUUGUGGAUAUCUUUAAAAAUGUAUUUGUAUCUUUCUGUGCGUUUCUUUUGGAAGGCCUAAAAAGCAUUUAUGCAUGGAUAAAACAGUACAAAGAACUGCCAAAUAUGUGCUGGGGACACCACAUUGAUUGGAUUGUGUGAACUGGUUGGUGGUACCCUAUAUUCACACAACAGCAAAUUGUCUAGAAAUCAAAUCCAGUGAGUGUCUUGUUCAUGUUUUAGUUUAGUUUUGUUUUUUUAAAAUAAGCCCUCAAGAAAUAGCUCUUAAUUCUUAGAAGUAUGUGAUAUUCUGUAGGAAAAUAAUCAGAUUUUCAGUCUUUCUCAUUUGAUCCAUGUUCACAUUUCAGUUUUAAAGUAUCACUCACCUCAUAAAGUAUUACUAAGUACAUCAUAAACAUUCACAGUUGUGACAUAACUUCAGUCUGGACCUUUAACAAAUACAUUCAUAGAUUUGUCCACAUGCCUGGAUGAGUCAUUUUAUAACAAGCAUGGACUAUAAUAGGUCCCUUAUUCUGUGGCUGCCUUAAAUGAACAUUCCUGAAUGAUUUUCACAUUCCAGAUGAUUCUUUGGCUUUUGAAUAACCACCUGGGGUGCCUGGGUGGCUCAGUUGGUUGGGCGACUGCCUUCGGCUCAGGUCAUGAUCCUGGAGUCCCGGGAUCGAGUCCCGCAUCGGGCUCCCUGCUCAGCAGGGAGUCUGCUUCUCCCUCUGACCCUCCCCCCUCUCAUGCUCUCUCUCUAUCUCAUUCUCUCUCUCAAAUAAAUAAAUGAAAUCUUAAAAAAAAAAAAAAAAAGAAUAACCACCUGGUUUACUUCUAAAAUGAGACCUUGAGGCAACUCAGUAUAUCCAUGCAAAUGUUUGUAUUUAUGUUUGUGUUCGGGCACACAUCUUGAAAUCUUAUCUUCCUGUUCAAUGUGAGUUCUUUAUGUGGUACUUACUGUAUCCAUUGUUUUGUUUCUUCUUCUUCUUUUUUUUUUUUUGAUUAAUUUUUGUAUACUCUAUAUUUUAUAUUCUAGUAUUCUGUCUAGGAUGGUGAAUGCCAGCAGAUGUCCAAUUAUAUGGUGCCCAGAUUGGGUGAGGGAUUUGCGAUAAGAUUGCCUGAGCUGGGUGCUCUUGUUGCCUGAGCUGGAUACCCCUAAAGCAAAUAAACUGUCCACUCAGUGACUCUAAUGUUCUCUUUGUCUUUUUCAACUUAUACCUCCAAUUAGUGACUACAUAAUCCACUGCUGAAUUGGACCCAUUGCACAUGAAAGGACCUUCACGGAAAAAUUUUUGUUGCAAUAUUGAGUCAUAUGAUAGAUUGAAAAAUAAUAUUUGAAUCACCUGAAAUUUAUAUGCAGCUUCUAGAUGGCACUUUAGAUCUGCUGGGCUCUAGUUGGCACUUCUUUUUAAAAAACAGCUUUAUUGAGGUAUAAUUUACACACUGUACAACUUAACUGGCUGGAAGUAUACAAUCCAGUGACUUUUGAAUACAUUUAUAGUUGUGCGGUCAUCACCACAAUCCAGUUUUAGAACAUUUCUAUCAACCAAAAAGACCCCUUUUGCCUGUUUGCAGACUCCUAUCUAACCAAAGUUUAGCACAUUUGCCAAUAUACAGAAGAUGAAAAAGAUCAGAGUAGGUUUUAUCUGGUUUUGUUUUUAUGCAUAGAGGCAUAGUUGAUUCUAAGCUCAGGCCUUUUGUGGUAGUAUAUUAAAUAUGUUAUCUCAAAUACUGUAAUUAUACAAAAAUUUAAUGAAUGGGUUGGGAUUAAUAUUAAACAUAUAAUUGAAUCUGCUAUUUCUGUAGCAGUGCUAUAGAAUAGAAAAAUAAUGUGAGCCAUAUACUAUGUAAUUUAAAAUUUUCUAGCAGUCACAUUAAAAAAGACAAAAUGAAACAGCUGGUGUUAAUUUUAAUAAUAUAAUUUAUUUAACUCAGUAGAUCCCAACUAUUACCAUUUCACCAUGUAAUCACUGUAAACACUCAUUAGGAUAGUUUACAUUCUUCUUCUGUACUAAUUCCUUGAAAUCGGGUGUGUAUUUUACUAAUUUGGAUAGCCACAUUUUAAGUUUGCAUUAUCCACAUCAGGCCAGUGGCCUGCAUUAAAUAGCACAGAUCUGUAGUAUAUGUAUUAAUUUGUCUUUUUAUAAUAUGAAGUAAUGAGUUUCAUGGAAUUACUCUCUUAAAUACAAAAUGUUUUCUGGUCUCUGCAGCCUUCAGUGCUUGCUGAAUGGGGACUUCUGAACAUUAGAAAUAAAUUAGUUUGUAGUUAUUAAUAAAAUAAAAAUUAUAGCCAAAAAAACUUUUCCUUUAAAGAUGACCCCUUUCAGAGGGCAGUGAAUGAAACAAAAAAAUAUAAUCUGCCUUGUUAGGUGGUUGAUUAUUUUCUCUAGCUUACAGCUAGUUUGCAUCAGAAACCUAUUUAUGCAGGAAAUAUUAGCAUAGUACUGUUUUCAGUACAUGUUACCUAUUUUUUUAAGGACAUAGUUUCAUACAAAAAAUCGUAAGUUAUCAUAAGUGAUACUUUUGCAGGAAGUUUUAGUUUGUAUUGAUAACCCUUGAUUAACCUUUGAAGUUUAAUGCAAUACUUAGCAAAAAUAAUUGUGGGAACUUAGUGUCUGCAGUGAUGUAUAAUAUGAACUGCUAGAGUGUCUUCAUUUUACUGUUCAUCGAGGUUGGAUGUAUUUGAAAUUGUAGAUUUCUACAUGUAAAAUUAUCUCCCAGUAAAAAUAAUUUUCUUUCUUUUUCUCUCUCCUCCUCCUUUCUUUACUAACUGAAAGGCAUAUUAUCAGCACUCAGGUUGAAUUAA